UGUUUUGUUACACGUCAAUAAAAUGUUACCUGUAAAAUUUUAUAGUUCUCAGUAAUCAAGAACACAAAUAUAGUAACUCGAAUAAGAACACUUCUUAUUAAUCACUCUUGAGGAAACUAUCUCAAAACCUCAAACUCAUAAACUUUUAAGUUAUAUUACAAGUUGAUAUCUCUUUAUAUAACACUUUAGUUAUCCUAAACUCAUUAAGAUAAACACAACACAAUAUUUCCUAAACUCAUUAGGAUAAACACAACAUAAUAUUUCCUAAACUCAUUAGGAUAUCUAUUACUUGUAGCCUAAGUAACUUCAAGUUUAUCCAACAUUCUCCCCUUUAAGCUUGAAGUUUUCUUUCACUCCAAUGUAGUCUCUCAUUUCUUUGAAUCUAAUUCUUCCUAGAGCUUUUGUCAAGAUAUCGGCUUUCUGUUUAUCACCUUGAACAUACUCUACUUCAAUCUGUCCAUUCUCUACGCACUCUCUGAGUGAUACCUCCUGUGUAUGUGCUUGCUUCUCCCAUGAAACACCGGAUUCUUUGUUAAGGCAAUGUAUUAUAUUAAUUUUGAUAGAUUUGUGAGGACUUAGCGCUGAAAUACCAAAAACAUAUACUAGUUUGGAAUUAUUUGUGGCAUUCAAAUUCUGUGAUCGAGUACUUUAAUUCCUAGACGGUUUCUCGUGUACAAGCUUUAUUUCCUUGUAGUGCAAUAUUGUGUUUUGUAGUCAUGCAUUAUGGACCGCAGCUUCACCGUCUAAAAUGGGUUUUACAAAAAUAAUAUCUCGUAUUCUUUUUUGAGACAAAAUUAAAUGAGUUACUGUAGUUCGUCGAAACAUUUAUUUUGUACUGAAAAUACAAUUUUGAAGAUUCCAAAUAUGUGAUAAUAAGUAAAUCGUGUGAUUGGUUAUGUGUGGAUAACGGUAGCAAGCAAAAACAAAAACACAUCACAUAAACUGAACAAUGUUAACCACAGGGUGGUGGGCUAGUGGUCUUGAGGUAGUUAACACACCAAUAUGGACCUGGGUUCGAAUAUCCCCUGUGGCCACGGAAUGCUUUACGCCCUCCCCAAGUUUAAAGUUAUCGCGGUGUUGGUGCCGGGUCCUUGGGUAAUGGGUAUUAGUGCCGGCUGGUUCCGGGCCAGGGGGAUUAGAUGGUUGGCAAUCGGAAACCAUGUGCGGAUUACGGGCCUUUGGGCAAACGGAAACCACGUGCGGAUUACGGGUCACCUUUGAACCUCCUGUUAAAAAAAAAAAAAAAAAAAAAAAAACUGAACAAUGUUGAAUCUGAGUUUAGUCAGUUCUAAGAAGAUGAAUAAACUCGAUGGUUAGUUAUUUUAAAAAUGUUUUUUCAUAUAAAUGUUCUCUCUGAGUUUAGUUAGUUCUAAGAAGAUGAAUCUGAGUUUAGUCAGUUCUAAGAAGAUGAAUAAUCCCUCUACAACAACCAGCCAAUAAAUAUUCUCCACAGCCCAACUAAUUUUAUUUUCAUUAUGUGUAUGUAGAUAAACAGUUUUCUAAAGUAUCAUUUUACUUAGAUUUUUUUAUUUAUUUAAAUGAUACAAUCAAAUAUAUUUUAAUUUGUGCAUAUAAAUCCUAUAUGUAUGUUAAUCUAGCUUAUAAUAUUUUUAUAAUUGUAUUAUCUAAAUCAUAAUUAUAUCACAUGAAAAUAUGUUAUAAAAUUAAUAUAAUAUUAUAAAUUUAUAGUUUUAUGUGAUAUUCAAUUUUAAUUUUAUAUCAAAAGUAGUUUAGAUUAAAUAGCAAGAAUUUAUUAAAGAUGUUUUAUUUUUAGAUAAUUACAAAAAAUCAUACAACUACAGACCAUCAUUGCUACAGCCAAAGGUUUUGUUUUGUUUGGUCUGCAUCAUUUGAUCAACCUAAUUAUUGUUGCCAAGUAUAACAUCUUAGUUUGUGGUAUAUGUAAAAAUUUAAAAGAAUUGAUUUGUCGUCAUUAAAAGUGCACUUAUCUUUUAUCUCACACAUUCGUUUAAAACUCCAUGAUUAAAUGUACUUGAUUUAGAGUAGUGAAAUGAUAGGUGACCUAUCGGGAAGUGAUUUGCACAUCGUGUGUGUGUGAGGUCAAAGUUCGAGAACGAUCAUGUGGUGAUUGCAUGAUCAGUAUACAUGACUUUCGAACUUCCAAAAGUUUAACGCUCUGCUCGUGGCACGAAAUUGACCCACGAAUCGAGUGAACGGACGUGAGGUCAUUAGCCACGGUCGGAAUGUUACAGCAGGGUCCUAGUUUUACAAAACCACAAACUAAAGAAAAGAUAAACCAUUUUAAUAUAUUGAAAUGAUGUAAUAGAUCUAUAUAUAAUUUUUUUUUGGCAUCAAUAGAUAUAUAUAUAUAUAUGGAUGAAAAUAAUACAAACGCCAGACUCUAAUCCUCCAUCUCUAUUUAAAAGAUUCUAAAUUACCACUCAUCUAACGAAGGACUGAAGUAAGCCUCAUAAAAUGAAAGGCCGCAAUGCCCUUGACCAGCUUGAGCUCAAACCCGGGUCUGUUUUGUUGGUACCACCCAUUCCAUUGGAUCAUUUGAUCUCUAAUUCGUUGUUUGGUUAUUCUCACAUUAAAAACCAAAAUUUGUUUUUUUGACCAAAUUUGCAUAACUAUUUCAGACAGGCCUAAUUGAAUUAUAUCCAAAAUAUGUCAUCAUAAACACAAACAAAUUGAUCCAUAUGAGAAACAAAGUUUAGUCAUAUGAGACAUCAUUAUGCCCUGUACGAGAACGGACUUAGAAAUAUUCUCUAAAAUUAGCAAAAAUCUCAAAAAUAAUUCGGGAAGAAACAAAUUCAAGAAAAGGUAAACUCAAAAUAGUGGAGUCGUAGAGGUCAAAACUGAACAUUCCUAAUAUGGACGACAGGAAAAGCGUAAUGAGAGGACCUAAAGAAACUAGAAAAAACAAGGAAACUGUAUUCGAUUAAACUAUAAAAACUUCAUUAAACAAUUGAAAGAAAAACGAAAUUCAACCCCUCAACACAAUUAAAAAAAACUUAUUCGUUUAGUUCAAAAACAAAAAAAAUCACAAACUUUAUUGAUUAACAAAGUUUAUUAUUAAUGAAGGUAGGGGUUAAAAUAUUGGCCGUGUGCCUAUGCGUCGCGACGGUGACAGUCGUGAUGGUCCAAGCGGAGGAUCCUUACUUUCACCACGUGUGGAACGUAACGUAUGGAUCCGCAUCUCCUCUCGGUGUUCCACAACAAGUCAUUCUCAUUAACGGUCAAUUCCCUGGUCCUAACCUCAACUCAACUUCUAACAACAACGUCAUCGUUAAUGUAUUCAACAACCUGGACAAGCCUUUCCUCAUUACUUGGAAUGGAAUCCAGCAUAGGAAGAACUCAUGGCAAGAUGGAACGGCUGGAACAAUGUGUCCAAUCCCACCGGGUAAGAACUUCACAUACCAUUUCCAGCCGAAGGAUCAGAUCGGUAGCUAUUUCUACUACCCAACAACGGCUAUGCAUCGUGCUGCGGGUGCCUUUGGUGGCCUCCGUGUGAACAGCCGUCUCCUAAUCCCGGUACCGUAUGCUGACCCUGAAGAUGACUACACUGUCCUUAUCAACGAUUGGUACACCAAAAGCCACACCCAGCUCAAGAAGUUCCUAGAUAGUGGCCGUACUAUUGGCCGUCCAGAUGGCAUUCUCAUCAAUGGUAAGGCCGGAAAAGGCGAUGGGUCCGACCAGCCUCUUUUCACCUUAAAGCAAGGGAAAACCUACAGAGUCCGGAUCUGUAACGUGGGUCUCAAGACAUCUCUUAACUUUAGGAUUCAGAACCACAAGAUGAAGCUUGUUGAGAUGGAAGGCUCACAUGUUCUCCAGAACGAUUAUGACUCGCUUGACGUCCACGUGGGUCAAUGCUUCGGUGUGAUUGUCACGGCAAACCAAGAACCUAAAGAUUACUACAUGGUGGCUUCCACAAGAUUCUUGAAGAAGGCUUUGGCUACAACAGGGCUCCUCCGCUACGAGGGAGGCAAAGGUCUUGCCUCUCCUCAGCUACCUGCGGCCCCCGUUGGUUGGGCUUGGUCUUUGAACCAGUUCCGCUCUUUCAGGUGGAACUUGACAGCCAGCGCAGCUAGACCUAACCCACAGGGCUCUUACCAUUACGGAAAGAUUAACAUCACUCGCACCAUUAAGCUCGUGAACACUCAGGGAAAGAUCGAUGGUAAGCUUAGGUACGCGUUGAGUGGAGUCUCGCAUACAGACCCCGAGACCCCCUUGAAGCUCGCUGAGUACUUUGGUGUUGCUGAUAAGGUUUUCAAAUACGACAUUAUUUCCGACAACCCAACCUCGGAUCAGAUCAAGAACAUCAAGAUCGAACCCAAUGUUCUUAACAUCACUCACCGCACCUUCAUUGAAGUCGUGUUUGAGAACCAUGAAAAGAGCGUCCAGUCUUGGCAUUUAGAUGGCUACUCCUUCUUCGCUGUAGCGGUUGAGCCAGGGACAUGGACACCAGAGAAGAGGAAGAACUACAACCUUCUAGAUGCAGUGAGCAGACACACAGUCCAAGUGUACCCCAAGUGUUGGGCUGCAAUCUUGCUCACAUUUGACAAUUGUGGAAUGUGGAACAUUAGGUCAGAGAACUCUGAGAGACGAUACUUGGGACAGCAACUCUACGCAAGCGUCUUGUCACCGGAAAAAUCCCUCCGGGACGAAUACAACAUGCCGGAGUCAAGCCUCCAAUGUGGCCUUGUCAAGGACAAACCUAAGAUUAACCCUUAUGCUGGAGCCUAAUUUUGUUCUUUAACACUUCUACUAGAUUUUGAUCGGGAUAACUUUUCGGUUAAAAAUUAUUUAUAAAUUGAAAAAAUAGUAAUCAUUUGAAUUUUAACAUUUGAGUUUGACGUCUAAUUGAAAAAUUAUUUUAUUUCAACGUCUCAUAUUUUAAUUUAGUUCAUUAUUUUAAUUUUUUAGUAAAAAAAUUAAAUAUAUAUUAUCCAUAAAUCUCAUAUCUGUCAUAUACUUCUAAAAAAUGUAGUAGAUAAUAAAUAUGACUUACAUUCUCAUCUACAAAAAUAAUCACUAGAUUUUGCUACUUUAAAAUUUUGAUAACAUAGUGAAGUGUCAUUUUCAGUUUUGUUAUAGAUGUUAAAAGUAGCUUUUCAAUCUUAAAUUUUUGAACAUAAGCUGAAUACUUAAUUAUAGAUUUCAAAUAUAUUUUGAGAUUGAUUUU